AUGACAUGUUUUUCAUUAGUCGUAUCGUUUUGUUUAUUACAACAAACAAUUUUUUCCUCCGCUCAUGUUGAUUCUCCUCAUAGAAAGAUUCCAAUUCACAUCAACAUUAAUCAUACUCCCCCAGAGAAGGUUCUAGUUACUCCGUACGGUGUAUCUAUUGAAGGAAUAUACAUUAACAUUACCCCAGAGUUUGAGGACAGAUACAAAAUUGGAGUGGUAAAGGACGAUAACAUACUGCUCUCUGAUGACAGAGAGAAUAUUGUAGCUAAACAGAUCUUCUCCAUUAUCCAUAAUGAUGGUUCAAAAUUCGUUGAACUUGAUAUUACGUCUAUCACAGAUUCAGGAGAAGUAGAAAAGAAUAUCGAAGAGUAUAUAAGGCCAUCAGGAGGCUUAGCAUAUAUUGCAGUUGUUAGAAACCCAAUAGAAGUUGAUAUAGCUCAGGUAGAAUUGAAUCAACAUGUCCAGGUAGUUGUUUCUGGUGAACAGAAGAAGGUGUUCAUAAAGGACGUAUUUAAGACAACACUAUUCAUUGGGAUAAUAAAAUAUGAAAGUCUGAUACUGGACAAUGACACACAAGGAGUGCUUUACAAGUAUAUUGUGGUGGAAGUAGAGAAUGGUCCAACAAUUAAAGUAAUAUCAUACUUUAGAAACGGAAGUAGCAAGUUUAGAAUAUAUGUUAUUGAAAAAAAACCUGGGCGGAUUUCUUCAAGAAUAAUAAAGAAUGAGACAGCAGAUGUAAUAUGA